AGAUGACUUGUGAUAGUCGUAAUUCUUGUGAAUUUGCAUAGCAGCUCAAUAUAGAAAAUUAAUAAACAAAAUGUUGGCAGAUAAGAGGAUGCCGUUUGUGAGGCAAUGUCUCGUGGCUGCAGCCGUCAGCAUCAACAUGGCGGGAUUCGGCUGCAGCACAGGUUUCCUAGCCAUCAUGCUGCCACAGCUACAGAAGCCAGGGUCUACCAUCAGCGUCAGCAAGGAACAAGCUUCUUGGCUAGUAUCAGUGGGAACUAUGACGCUGGUCUUCGGCACUUUUCUAGUGCCAUCAAUAAUGUCACGUUUGGGACGCAAGGUGGCGCUGUACGUGAUCACUGUGGUUUCGAUCUUGGCCUGGUGCACCUACAUCCUGGCUACCAGCUAUGAGGUGCUGCUAUUAGGCGCGAUGGCUCACGGUUUCUCAUUUGGCAUGUUCGCGCCACUUCGCUCCAUCUACAUAGGAGAGUGCUCCAGCCCACAUUACCGAGGAGGCCUUCUCACUACAUGCGUCGAAUCCCAAAUCUUCGGCGUUCUAUUCGUCCAUCUGAUUGGUUCACUUAUCAGCUUCCAGUCAACGGCUAUAAGCUGUUUACCAUUCCCCGUAACCAGUCUCCUCUUGACCAUUUACUCCCCAGAAUCCCCAAGUUGGUUAGCCACGAAAGGGGAUUUUGAUAGAUGCGAAAAGAACUUCAUAUGGCUAAGAGGAGAGGACGAAAUAGCAGAGUUGAAGAAGAUGAUACAAACAGCAAACUUGCCGAGAGACCCGAAGACGGUUAAAGAAAUGAUUGCCGUGAUAAAGAAGAAGGAAUUCUUUAAGCCAAUACUACUAAUGUUUACGUUGUAUAUAAUAGUUACAUGUGCAGGAGGUCUUGUAAUGGCUGUGUAUGCAGUGACAGUAUUUGAACUACUGAUGGGUCCUGAAGUUAACGCUCGUAUCUGGAUGGUUUCCUUAGACUGUUUGAGAGCUUUAUCGACUAUCAUCGCAGUUUUCGUGAUAAACAAAGUUAAAAGAAGGAAGAUGUUGUUUAGUGUUGGGUCUAUCUGUGUUGGUAGCCAAUUGUGUAUAGGAGCAUACGUCUUUGCAAGAAACAGAGGGUAUUUGCCCUUAAAUUCUUGGAUGCCUGGUAUAUUAAAGAGCGUGCAAAUGAUGUCAGUAUCUAUGGGAAUGCAGCCGCUACCAGGCGUUAUAGCUGGUGAGAUAUAUCCUUUAGAACACAGAAGUAUUUCAGGAAGUAUUGGAUUAACAAUGCUAAGUUUAUCGGCGUUUGCAGUGCUUAAGAGUUAUCCAAGUUUAAUAUCAGGGAUAGGUCUGGAAGGGGCCUACUUUUUGUUUUCUGGGAUCAUAACUGUAUGUUUGAUGGUGGCGUGGAUGGUACUUCCGGAGACUAGUGGCCGGACCCUGCAGGAAGUCGAAGACCAUUUCCGGGUUUUGGAGCCGGAAGCGGAAAGCGAGAGGCAACCGUUACUGCAUUCGGUUAAUUCGGUGACAACUAGUUACUUGUCUACGCGGAAAUGAAUAUCUAGUCAUUUUACUAAUAUGUCAACUAAAUCGAUGUUUUCAACUGUAUCGAAAUCAUCGAACUUAAUAUAAAAUUUUCAAAGGCAGCAUAUUAAAUCAAGAUAGUAGUCGAAGAAAUUUUGAAUAAUGAUACUUACCUACUGCCCUGUUUGUUCUGCCCUAAAGUGCAGUUAAGGAAUUUUGUAAAGGUAUAGACUAAUGUCAAUAGAAUAAUGAGAAGUUUACUAACUUCUACGCAUUUUUAAA